AUGAGUACAUUCACAUUUGGAGCUUAUGAUUUUUUAUCACUGAUCGAAGAAGAACAGCCAUAUUUAAAUCAAGGAAUUUACCAUUUGGGUUCAGAACCAUUGAUUGAAGAAAAGCAAAAAAGCGAUAUGGAAGAAUUUGUAAUAUUCUUCAAAGAAGAGGCAAAACAAGCAACAAUUUUAUUCAAAGAAAAUGAAUUAAGAACAAUUGUGCAGUCAUCUCUUAAAGAAUAUUAUUCUCUUUUAAUUUUCACAAAUGCACACGAGUUCAUGUUUGAAGAUGGUUCCCCUGUUAACACAGUAUAUUCUUCAAAGAUUGGUGAAACUGUGAUAUACAAAAUCAAACCUAUAUCGGGCUCCCCCACACUUGAAAUCCAUUAUGAAUCAGGAAGAUAUAGCGAACGCUCAAAAGUUGAUGUAGUAUACAAUAUUUUUGAUGUUGCAGUUAAAUUUCAAGAUUGGACAAAAGGAAUGUUAAUUAUCAUGUCAUCUGUGGAAUCAGAAAUAUAUAUUGUCGAUAAUUUAGGAUCUAGCUGCUAUAGUCGUAG